CGCGAGCAAGAUAUAACGGCAGUAAAUGGAGGAUUGCCUGGACCAACAAUAGGCGUUAAAGAGGGUGACACUCUUGUCGUCCACGUCUUUAACAAGUCGCCAUACGGCAUUACUAUUCAUUGGUAUAUGAAUUAUCGAAUCAGCUCUAAUAUGUACAAGAUCAGAGUGGAGCGAGGCAGGACGUACAUGUUGAGGAUCAUCAACGCUGCACUCAAUAACCAACUCUUCUUUAAGAUUGCCAAUCACACGAUGACUGUUGUUUCCAUCGAUGCCAGCUACACGGAUCCCUAUGAAACCGACGUUAUCGUCACCGCCCCAGGCCAGACCGUCGACGUCCUCAUCAAAGCCGACCAGCCGGUCGGGUCGUACUACAUGGCGGCGCGUCCGUACAUCAGUGUUCCUCUGCCGACUGUCAUACCAUUUGACAACACAACCACCAGGGGCAUUUUCGCCUACGAGGGUUCCGAGUCAAACAACUCCGUGAUGCCAACCCUACCUGAUUUCCUUGACACCCCAACGGCUCACAAGUUCUACACCAACCUGACAGGGCUCGCCGGUGGACCCCAGUGGGUCCCUGUCCCGCUCGUCGUGGACGAACACAUGUUCGUAACAGUCGGACUGAGUACGGAGCCGUGUGAAGAGAUUAAUGCCACGUGCCCGAACGGGCAAAGAUUCUCUGCUAGCAUGAACAAUGAAUCAUUCGUUUUCCCGCAGAACGCGUCUAUGCUGGAGGCAUAUUGUUAUGGCCGUGUGGACGGAGUUUACACCACUGAUUUUCCCGACAACCCUCCAAUUGUAUUUGACUACACGAACCCGAGCUUAAGCAACGUCGAGCCUCUGAUUUUUGCGCCGAAAUCGACGAAGGUGAAGAAGCUGAAGUUCAAUUCGACGGUGGAGAUGGUGUUGCAGAACACGGCGUUACAAGGCGAGAACCAUCCGAUUCACAUCACACGAGGGCUUAUAACUACGUUUAAAAUUUAA